GAAGAUUUCAUUAUCAAGGACGAUGGCAGCGACAGGGCACAAAUUUGCAGGGGUGGAACUGGGCGGCACGACGUGGGCGCUGGCGAUUGCGCACGACAAUCCGUUGAACAUCGUGGCGCGGACUCGCAUCGACACCACGACGCCCGACGAAACCAUCGCCAAGGCAUUUGCAUGGCUGGAUACGCAAAACUUUGACGCUCUUGGCAUUGCUUCGUUCGGUCCCGUAGACCUCAACCCCGCGAGCCCUACGUACGGCUACAUCACGACCACCCCAAAGCCCCACUGGGCCAACACGAACAUUGUCGGCGCGUUCAAAGCCAAGUACACCGGCGUGCCCAUCAACUUCGAGACGGACGUGAACGCUCCGGCGCUGUUCGAAGCCGCCUUUGGUGGGCACGGCCCUGACGUGUCCAGCGUGUGCUACAUCACCGUGGGCACCGGCAUAGGUGUCGGCGUGUGCAUCGAUGGCAAGCCGGUGCAUGGCCGCAUGCACCCCGAAGCCGGCCACAUGUUUGUGCCGUUGGCGCCCGCCGACAUUGCCGCCAACUUCCAGGGGUUGUGUCCGUUCCAUUCGUCCUGCGCCGAAGGCAUGGCGGCGGCAGGAGCGAUAGCCGCCCGCACCCGCGUCGAUCGAACAGGGCUCCAUGAGAUCCCAGACACGGAUCCGGUCUGGGAUAUCGUGGCCCACUACCUCGCGCUCGUGUGUGUGAACCUCACGCUCACCGUGUCGCCCCAUGUGAUAGUGUUAGGCGGCGGCGUGUCGAAACGGCAAGGGCUGUUAGGCAAAAUCCACACCAAGUUUAAUGCCGCGUUGAACGGCUACGUAUCGACGCCGCCGCUGACGUCGUAUAUCAAGCUAUCGUUUCACGAAGACAUUGGGCUCGUGAGUUCGCUGGAGCUAGCUCGACUCGCGGCGGCGGCCCAGAACUUUGCGCCACUGCACUAAACAAUCGUGGCCAAGAUGUUGGGAGUGUGCGAUCAUUGGUCAGGACCGGGGGUGCGGUGCCGGUUGUAGCCUUGCCGAGGAAGAGGAGGAGGGAAGCAUAGGGGAUUUGGCUAAGUAAUUCGUGACGAUGGUUCGAGUUUGAGCGUCCA